UACAGAAAAAGGAUUUUUAUUCUACAGUUAUGCAACAUAAUAGCAUGAGACUAAAGCACAACUUUUAUUUUUGCUUUCAAUAAAAUAUGACUGUGGUUGGCUCACGAUGAAGUGAGAGGGAGACAAUGCACAUAAUCCUCUUAUAAGACUUCAGGUGUAAGGUAUUAUGCUGAUCCAUUGUGAAGACUUGUCUAGUGUCCUAUAUAACGCCGUGGCCGCCGGCAAUAGUUUGGACUUUUGUCUGGGCCACAAUAUUCAGCUGUGGACAUUUUCUUCUGCAGAUUUUUCCACGUCUAACUUUGCAAAAUAUUAAUUGUGUGGUAAGUCUGCAUUUUUUAUCUAAAUUCAAAAUCACAGUUAUUGUUUCUCAUUGCACUUAUGUAUUGAAUUAUUCUUUUCUCUUUCUCGGAAACCACCCAUGAAUGAAGAUAGUAAUCAUUACAGCUUAUAUAUGAAGUGCAUUAAUGAACAGUUCAGUUGCUUGCAAACAUACACUACUGGUUUGCCACCUGUUUUCUUAAUGCCAUUUUAUAUCUGAUGCUCCCUUUAACUCUUUUUUCUUUUCCAAGGUGCUAAGGAUGUGACAUGAAUCGAGCCACUGUAGUUUUAAGUUCUGUCACCCCAUUGUCUGCUGGGGAGAGAGCAGGACUUGUCCUCUAUCACAGCCCAUUAAAGCAGUUUAAUUUGCCAUAGCAAGUAGAAACACUGCUUUGGACGAACAUGUACUGUACAAGAAGGAAGAGACUGCAGCUGAGCCGGGUUCUGUUUCUCCUCUCCGGGCUUUUCCUUUGCACCCUCUACCAGCUGACUAUCAGUGCCAGACUGUAUGAGCCUUCGUCAGUGCCUCAGAUUGGAGAGGACUUUGGAGAGGGUUCAACAGAAGGAGUUGAGGAGACUACAGUGGAGACUCAAGGGUUAGAGGAACCUGCCACUGCAACUUAUGAACUAGAGCCCACAGAUCAGACAACGCCUAUUGUAAAUCACCUGGAUACAACUUCAGAUUUGAAAGUGUCCACCUCCACUGAAUUUCCACCUCUGCCAACCACAAACCGGACGAUUGUGCGUUGCAUCUAUGUGGCCGCUGAGCCUCUGCCAGAGACACCCACACCAGCUCCAGCUCCCCCUUUAACUACCAUCACUCCAGCUUCUCCUGGCGAGGCUCCACAUAUAAAGGGUGAAUACCCUGAGGAUAUUUUUUCUAUUGAAGACCGCAGGCGAGGCUGGGUGAUCCUCCACAUUUUUGGGAUGAUGUACAUGUUCGUGUCUCUUGCGAUUGUGUGCGAUGAGUUCUUUGUUCCUGCGCUGGGGGUAAUCACAGACAAGUUAUCCAUCUCUGACGAUGUGGCAGGAGCCACCUUCAUGGCUGCCGGAGGUUCUGCCCCCGAGCUUUUUACCUCCUUGAUAGGGGUCUUCAUCGCCCACAGCAAUGUGGGCAUUGGCACAAUAGUUGGUUCAGCAGUUUUCAACAUUUUGUUCGUGAUUGGAAUGUGUGCUUUGUUUUCCCGGGAGGUUCUUCGUCUCACCUGGUGGCCACUUUUCAGAGAUGUGUCCUUCUACAUACUUGGCCUCAUCUUGCUCAUCAUCUUCUUCCUGGAUAAUGUCAUAAUGUGGUGGGAGAGCAUGAUGCUGGUGGGCUGCUACACGCUCUAUGUGAUUUUCAUGAAGUUUAAUGUGCAAAUAGAGCGGGCCUUCAAGACACAACUCCACAAACACAAGAACAUUGUCAAGAUCAUUGCUGUGGAGGAACCUGAAAACACAAAUGGAGACGAUGACGAUAAUGCCCCACCUGCUCCAGAGGACAAGAAUCGGUUGAAGUUGAAGCCGUCCCUUCAGCGAGGGGGGAGUUCAGCUUCUUUACACAACAGCACCAUGAGAAACACCAUCUUCCAACUCAUGAUUCACACGCUAGACCCUCUAGCAGAGGGGAAAUUUAAGGAUAAGUUUGAGACUCUGAAUAACUUGGCUAGACGGAAGGCAAGGAGCAAAACCCAUGACAAAAGUGAAGAUGGUGGAGGAAAACCUGAGCAGACCAAAGAGCCGGAGGCUGUCCCAGCUACAGAGGCAGAGAAGAAGGAGCAGCCGGAGGACAAGAAGGAGGAUGUGCCAGCAGGAGAGGAGGGUUCAGGCGGUUCAGAAGAUUCUGACAGUGAUGAAGAUUGCAGCGAUGACGACAGCGACGAGUCCAGUGAAGACGAGGAUGAUGAGGAGGAGGAUGGUGAUGAAGAGGGCGACGAAGACGAGCCUCUGUCUUUAGAGUGGCCUGACACGCGACGUAAACAAGCCACAUACCUCCUCCUGCUGCCCAUAGUCGUCCCUCUGUGGCUCACAGUCCCUGAUGUUCGCAACCAGAAGUCCAGGAAAUUCUUUGUGGGCACCUUUUUGGGCUCUAUUCUGUGGAUUGGAGUCUUCUCCUAUCUCAUGGUGUGGUGGGCCCAUCAGGUGGGUGAGACCAUUGGCAUCUCAGAGGAGAUUAUGGGUCUUACAAUCUUGGCUGCGGGGACGUCCAUCCCUGACCUUAUAACCAGUGUGAUAGUGGCACGUAAAGGCCUGGGGGACAUGGCUGUGUCCAGCUCUGUGGGCAGUAACAUCUUUGACAUUACCAUUGGGCUGCCAGUCCCGUGGCUCCUGUUCUCAUCCUUCCACGGCUUGGCUCCCGUGGCCGUCAGCAGCAACGGGCUUUUCUGUGCUAUCGUGCUCCUCUUCCUCAUGCUCCUCUUUGUCAUCAUCUCCAUUGCAUCCUGUAAGUGGAAGAUGAAUAAGGUGCUGGGUUUGACCAUGUUCCUGCUCUACUUUAUCUUCCUGGUGCUUAGCGUGAUGCUGGAGGAUCGAAUCCUUACCUGCCCAAUUUCCAUCUGAACAGAAACUCUUUCUAUAGCAGUUUUUCUCUUCACUUGUGACCUGCAGCAACAUUUUCUAGACCUUGUUACAUAUUCACUUUUAGCAACAAUGCAACCUUUUUUUUAUCACACCAGGAGAUUUAGAACUAUUGUCUAACAUAGUGCAGAGUGUGCAUUAUACAGCAGUAGAAGCACGCACACUAAUAGAGAUAAUUAUUUUUUCACGUCAUAUGAAACAGCAUCUAGAGAGUGGAAUUAGAAAUCAAGAAUAUGUGCACAUUUUGGAAAAUGUACGUUUCUAAAUGUGAAUUUUAUAUAAAACCUAAGUAAACACUUACAUAACUGUUUUAUAACAUGAAUCAUAGAGAACCUGAGCUUGCUUAAACUCACUGUUAUUUCAUUCAUGUCUGUUUUUGUAAAAGCAAUAGCUAUUAUAUUCAUUUUGUGGGGGAAAAAGAACCUCACAUCCAUAGAAUAAACAUGUUUAUUCAUAAAUGAAAGUAAACU